AUGACGUCGUUAAAUAACAGAAGUCACAUUAGAGUAGAAGCCAUGUCUGAAAGUAAUUGUAGUUUCCAAUAUGCAUCAGCACCAGAAGAAACUUGUACAUUGAGAGUGUUCGAGAAGUCGGAUAUGUAUGAGUUUAAGCAUGGGAUUAAUUCAACCUUAGUAGCAUCUCCAGGUUCACCUAAAACAAACAUAACACUUAAUAGUGAGUUUGACGGCAUACUGUUGGACUACUCCCGGCAACGUGCCACGCCUGAAACCUUGGCUGCAUCCCUCAAAGAAAAGAUUAACCGAAUGUUUGCUGGAGAGCAUAUAAACAGCACAGAAAAUAGAUCAGUGCUUCAUGUAGCUCUUCAUGCUCCAAGGGAUGCAGUUAUACAGAGUGAUGGGAAAAAUGUGGUCCUAGAUGUUGGUGCCACAGGGAAAGCCCUGAAGGAUGUCAUUGCUGUUGGUAUCGGUGGCAGCUUCUUAGGUCCUAAACAGGUUUAG